AUGUAUGUAUGUAUGUAUGUAUGUAUGUAUGUAUGUAUGCGUGUAUGUACGCUUGUUUUGUCCCAAGAACAGGAAGCUGAUAAUGCUGAAUCAUUAAUGAUGAGUACAGUUGAACAGCAACAAAGUGUCAAAAAGUGGCAGAAAAAACAUUUUUUGCUUCAUCGGCCUUUGAUCCUGAAAACAAUCUUUUUAGAAUUCUCUGAUGAACAACUGCAACUUGACGAAGCAGCGAAGAAAUUUGUAGCUGAUGAAGUUAUUCCAGUGGCUGCUGAAUAUGACAAAACAGGCAAAUAUCCAUGGGAUGUAGUCAAGAAAGCUCACGCUAAUGGAUUUUUGAAUACGAUGGUACCAAGCGACUACGGCGGCUUAGAACUGGAUAUGAUAUCAAAUGCGAUAAUUUGCGAGCGAUUUGGUUAUGGCUGCACCGGGAUUUGUACCGCAAUGACAACAAAUCUUCUGGCCGAAACACCAUUAAUUUUGGCAGCUACGGACGAAAUCAAGAAGAAAUACCUGGGUGGCAUGAUUGAAGAACCAUUGAUGGCUUCUUAUGCGGUGACCGAGCCUGGUGCCGGAUCGGAUGUAGCCCGGACUCGAACACGAUCCGAGAAAAAAGGUGACGAGUACGUAAUCAAUGGAUCGAAGAUGUGGAUUACGAACGGUGGAGUAGCAAACUGGUUUUUUGUGCUCACUCGCAGUGACCCGGAUCCGAAAACCUCAGCCAGCAAAGCUUUUACCGCAUUUGUGGUCGACGCCGAUACACCGGGACUAAGCUGCGGUAAAAAGGUGACUAUUGAAUUUGUUUGUGCUUUUCUUCAUCAGCUCUGUUUUUAG